AAAUAUUGCAUUUCAAUUACAGGCGUCGAUUAGCAAGGUGAAAGUAACAGAACCAUGGCUCAGUUUCCAACACCUUUUGGUGGCAGCCUGGAUAUUUGGGCCAUAACUGUAGAGGAAAGAGCGAAGCAUGACCAACAGUUCCAUAGUUUAAAGCCAAUAUCUGGAUUUAUUACUGGUGAUCAAGCUAGAAACUUUUUUUUUCAAUCUGGGUUACCUCAACCUGUUUUAGCACAGAUAUGGGCGCUAGCUGAUAUGAACAAUGAUGGGAGGAUGGAUCAAGUGGAGUUCUCCAUAGCUAUGAAACUCAUCAAACUGAAGCUGCAAGGCUACCAGCUCCCCAGUACGCUUCCCCCUGUCAUGAAACAGCAGCCAGUUGCUAUUUCUAGUGCACCAGCGUUUGGUAUGGGCGGUAUCCCCAGCAUGCCCCCGCUGACCGCUGUUGCUCCAGUGCCAAUGGGCUCCAUUCCAGUUGUCGGAAUGUCUCCACCCCUCGUAUCUUCUGUCCCUGCGGCAGCAGUGCCCCCCCUGGCUAAUGGGGCACCCCCGGUCAUACAGCCUCUGCCUGCGUUUGCUCAUCCUGCCGCCACAUUGCCAAAGAGUUCUUCCUUUAGUAGAUCUGGUCCAGGGUCACAGUUAAACACUAAAUUACAGAAGGCACAGUCAUUUGACGUGGCUAGCGUCCCUCCAGCCGCAGAGUGGGCCGUUCCCCAGUCCUCCAGACUGAAAUACAGACAGUUAUUCAAUAGUCAUGACAAAACCAUGAGUGGACACUUAACAGGUCCUCAAGCAAGAACUAUUCUUAUGCAGUCAAGUUUACCACAGGCUCAGCUGGCUUCAAUAUGGAAUCUUUCUGACAUUGAUCAAGAUGGAAAACUCACAGCAGAAGAGUUUAUCCUGGCUAUGCACCUGAUUGAUGUAGCCAUGUCUGGCCAACCACUGCCACCGGUCCUGCCUCCAGAAUACAUUCCACCCUCCUUUAGAAGAGUUCGAUCUGGCAGUGGGAUAUCUGUCAUAAGCUCAUCAUCGGUAGAUCAGAGGUUACCGGAAGAACCAGUUUUAGAAGACGAACAGCAACAACUAGAAAAGAAACUACCUGUCACGUUCGAGGAUAAGAAGCGUGAGAACUUCGAGCGCGGCAAUCUGGAACUGGAGAAGCGGAGACAAGCGCUCUUGGAGCAGCAGCGCAAAGAGCAGGAGCGCCUGGCCCAGCUGGAGCGGGCGGAGCAGGAGCGGAAGGAGCGGGAGCGCCAGGAGCAAGAGCGCAAAAGACAACUGGAGCUGGAGAAGCAACUGGAAAAGCAGCGGGAACUAGAACGGCAGAGGGAGGAGGAGCGGAGGAAGGAAAUCGAGAGACGAGAGGCUGCAAAACGGGAGCUUGAAAGGCAACGACAACUUGAAUGGGAACGGAACCGGAGACAAGAACUAUUAAAUCAAAGAAACAAAGAACAAGAGGACAUAGUUGUGCUAAAAGCAAAGAAGAAGACUUUGGAAUUUGAAUUAGAAGCUCUAAAUGAUAAAAAGCAUCAACUAGAAGGAAAACUUCAGGAUAUCAGAUGUCGAUUGACGACCCAGAGGCAAGAGAUUGAGAGCACAAACAAAUCUAGAGAGUUGAGAAUUGCUGAAAUCACCCAUCUACAGCAACAAUUACAGGAGUCUCAACAAAUGCUUGGAAGACUUAUCCCAGAAAAACAGAUACUCAAUGACCAAUUAAAACAAGUUCAGCAGAACAGUUUGCACAGAGAUUCACUUCUCACACUGAAAAGAGCCUUAGAAGCAAAAGAACUAGCUCGGCAGCAGCUCCGAGACCAACUGGAUGAAGUGGAGAAAGAAACUAGGUCAAAACUACAGGAGAUUGAUAUUUUCAACAAUCAGCUGAAGGAAUUAAGGGAAAUCCAUAAUAAGCAGCAACUCCAGAAACAGAAGUCCAUAGAAGCAGAACGGCUGAAACAGAAAGAACAAGAACGAAAGAUCCUAGAAUUAGAAAAACAAAAAGAAGAAGCCCAAAGACGAGCUCAGGAAAGGGACCAACAGUGGCUUGAGCACGUUCAACAAGAUGAUGAGCAUCCGCGGCCGAGAAAACCCCACGAGGAGGAAAAACUCAAAAGGGAAGAGAGUGUCAAAAAGAAGGACAGUGAGGAAAAGGGCAAACAGGAAAUGCAGGACAAGCUGAGUCGGCUCUUCCAUCCACAUCCAGAACCAGCUAAGCCCGCUGUCCAAGCACCCUGGUCCACCGCAGAAAAAGCCCCACUUACAAUUUCUGCACAGGAGAAUAUAAAAGUGGUGUAUUACCGAGCACUGUAUCCCUUCGAGUCCAGAAGUCAUGACGAAAUCACGAUCCAGCCAGGAGAUAUAGUCAUGGUGGAUGAGAGCCAAACUGGAGAACCGGGGUGGCUUGGAGGAGAAUUAAAGGGCAAGACAGGGUGGUUCCCUGCAAACUACGCAGAGAAGAUCCCAGAAAACGAGGUUCCCGCUCCAGUCAAAGCAGUGACUGAUGCCACCUCCACCCCUGCGCCCAAACUGGCUGUGCGUGAGGCCCCCGCCUCUUCGGCCGUGACGUCCGCGGAGCCCUCCACGACCCCCAACAACUGGGCCGACUUCAGCUCCACGUGGCCCACCAGCACGAGCGAGAAACCAGAGACCGAUAACUGGGACGCGUGGGCAGCCCAGCCCUCCCUCACCGUUCCAAGUGCCGGGCAGUUAAGGCAGAGAUCGGCCUUUACUCCAGCCACGGCCACAGGCUCCUCUCCAUCUCCCGUCUUAGGCCAGGGUGAAAAGGUGGAGGGGCUACAGGCGCAAGCUUUGUAUCCUUGGAGAGCCAAAAAAGACAACCAUUUAAAUUUUAACAAAAAUGAUGUCAUCACCGUCCUGGAGCAGCAAGACAUGUGGUGGUUUGGAGAAGUUCAAGGCCAGAAGGGUUGGUUCCCCAAGUCCUAUGUGAAACUCAUUUCAGGGCCCAUAAGGAAAUCUACAAGCAUGGACUCUGGUUCCUCAGAAAGUCCUGCUAGUCUCAAGAGAGUGGCUUCCCCAGCAGCCAAGCCGGCCGUGUCGGGAGAAGAAUUUAUUGCCAUGUACACUUACGAGAGUUCUGAGCAAGGCGAUUUAACCUUUCAGCAAGGGGAUGUGAUUUUGGUUACCAAGAAAGAUGGUGACUGGUGGACAGGAACAGUGGGCGACAAGUCCGGAGUCUUCCCUUCUAACUAUGUGAGGCUUAAAGAUUCAGAGGGCUCUGGAACUGCUGGGAAAACAGGGAGUUUAGGAAAAAAACCUGAAAUCGCCCAGGUGAUUGCCUCCUACACCGCCACCGGUCCCGAGCAGCUCACCCUGGCCCCUGGCCAGCUGAUUUUGAUCCGAAAAAAGAACCCAGGUGGAUGGUGGGAAGGAGAGCUGCAAGCACGUGGGAAAAAGCGCCAGAUAGGCUGGUUCCCUGCUAAUUAUGUCAAACUUUUAAGCCCGGGGACAAGCAAAAUCACUCCAACAGAGCCAGCUAAGCCGACAGCAUUCCCGGCAGUGUGCCAGGUGAUCGGGAUGUACGACUACACCGCGCAGAACGACGACGAGCUGGCCUUCAACAAGGGCCAGAUCAUCAACGUCCUCAACAAGGAGGACCCCGACUGGUGGAAGGGAGAAGUCCACGGCCAGGUGGGGCUCUUCCCGUCCAACUACGUGAAGCUGACCACCGACACGGACCCCAGCCAGCAAUGGUGUUCAGACUUACAUCUCCUGGAUAUGUUGACCCCAACUGAGAGAAAGCGACAGGGAUACAUCCACGAGCUAAUUGUCACGGAGGAGAACUACGUGAAUGACCUGCAGCUGGUCACAGAGAUCUUUCAGAAACCCCUGAUGGAGUCUGAGCUGCUGACAGAAAAAGAGGGUGCUAUGAUUUUUGUUAACUGGAAGGAGCUGAUUAUGUGUAAUAUCAAACUACUGAAAGCGCUGAGAGUGCGCAAGAAGAUGUCCGGGGAGAGGAUGCCGGUGAAGAUGAUCGGGGACAUCCUGACCGCGCAGCUGCCGCACAUGCAGCCCUACAUCCGCUUCUGCAGCUGCCAGCUCAACGGGGCUGCCCUGAUCCAGCAGAAGACAGACGAGGCCCCGGACUUCAAGGAGUUUGUCAAAAGACUGGCCAUGGACCCUCGCUGUAAGGGGAUGCCACUCUCUAGUUUUAUACUGAAGCCUAUGCAACGGGUAACAAGAUACCCACUGAUCAUUAAAAAUAUCCUGGAAAACACUCCUGAAAACCACCCGGACCACAGCCACUUGAAGCACGCCCUGGAGAAGGCAGAGGAGCUGUGCUCCCAGGUGAACGAAGGGGUGCGGGAGAAGGAGAACUCGGACCGGCUGGAGUGGAUCCAGGCCCAUGUGCAGUGUGAAGGCUUGUCUGAGCAACUUGUGUUCAAUUCAGUGACCAAUUGCUUGGGGCCACGCAAGUUUCUGCACAGCGGGAAGCUCUACAAGGCCAAGAGCAACAAGGAGCUGUACGGCUUCCUCUUCAAUGACUUCCUCCUGCUGACCCAAAUCAUAAAGCCCCUGGGCUCCUCCGGCACCGACAAAGUCUUCAGCCCCAAAUCAAACCUGCAGUAUAAAAUGUACAAAACACCUAUUUUCCUGAAUGAAGUUCUAGUAAAGUUACCCACUGACCCUUCAGGGGACGAACCCAUCUUCCACAUUUCCCACAUCGACCGAGUCUACACCCUCCGAGCAGAAAGCAUAAACGAAAGGACCGCCUGGGUGCAGAAAAUCAAAGCGGCUUCUGAGCUCUAUAUAGAGACGGAGAAGAAGAAGCGGGAGAAGGCAUAUCUGGUCCGUUCCCAGAGGGCCACAGGCAUUGGAAGGUUGAUGGUGAAUGUAGUGGAAGGCAUUGAGCUGAAGCCCUGUCGGUCACAUGGAAAGAGUAACCCAUACUGCGAGGUGACAAUGGGCUCCCAGUGUCACAUCACCAAGACGAUCCAGGACACUCUGAAUCCCAAAUGGAAUUCCAACUGCCAGUUCUUCAUCAAAGACCUGGAACAGGAGGUGCUCUGCAUCACUGUGUUUGAGAGGGACCAGUUCUCGCCAGAUGAUUUUUUGGGUCGGACGGAGAUCCGUGUGGCUGACAUCAAGAAGGACCAGGGUUCCAAGGGUCCAGUCACAAAGUGUCUCCUGCUGCACGAAGUUCCCACAGGAGAGAUUGUGGUCCGCCUGGACCUGCAGUUGUUUGAUGAGCCGUAGGGAGCCGGCCAGGGCCUGCUAGCAGAGCUCCAGCCCGAGGCAGUGGAUGCUGUCCCGAAAUGAGGACCACCGUUUGGUGUUCGGCCACAGGGCAGCAGGAAAGCAAAGAGAGGCCCCUUAAAGCUUCCAGGAAUCCUUCUUGACAAUCCUUCCCCCAAACAAUUUCCCAUUUUAUGAAACAAAACUCACUGCAGGUCUCAUCGUGGCUUCUAGGGUCUUUGAAACACCAUAGCCCCCGGCUCUGUUUGGUUGGGAGUCUGGUCUGUCCCCGGGCCUGAGGCUUGGGUCUGGUUAAUGUAAAACAGAUUUAUAAAUGCAAUGUCUGUUUUUUUGGAGAACUCAUGUAACCCUAUUUCUUACCUCCACCAGCCCCCAAGGAGGCCCCCUGACCUAUGACGCCCAGUCCCUGGUGUGUUUAGAAAUAACAUGAUGGUCUUGUCAUUGUUUCAGGAUCUUGUUCCCCACGCUGGGACCUUAUUUGAAAUGCUGCCCGGGGUCUGCUCACUCGGGCAGGUGGUCUCCUGAUCUCUGAUCUAGGUCUAGCUCUUGGAAGAGCUGGUCCGUGGAAGAUUCUAGCAGGUGUGUUGGUAGAGCUUUUCCAGUCUCCUCCAGGUCUUUUAUUGAUAGAUGCUGAUGAAAACUGUCAGUAUCAGGUGAUCUGAUCGUGAGCGCCAGCGUGCUCGGAAGAGGGCUGAGAAAGGCUGUUACCUACAGAGUCACUCUCUGCUGGAUUAGAUCCCUGCAGGUCACCUGAAAGGCUGCUUUACGACGUUAUUGGGUCCUGGUUGCCAGCCCAGUUGGAAAGCUCUCUUUUGGCUUGGAGGUCCUGUGAUGUUUUAUGACAAGAGUAGUUGCCGGUGACCAGCUCUGAGCCUGUUCUUGCUUGAAUGAGCUGGAUCCUGAUUGUCAUGGGAAAUGUCAGCAGAUAUCCUUGGUACGUUCCCCUGAAAGCAUCCCCAAGGCGUGAGAAGGAAAAGGGACCAUCUGUGGAGGAAAUCUAUUAGAUGGUGGGGGACAGACCCUAGGAGCACGCAUGGCCCUCAGUUCCAGGGAAGAAGACCCGAGACUUCCCCAGACUCCUCCGUACACAGCCAGCCUCUCAGUAAUGGAAAAAGCUGCGUGCUUGUUGCCAGUCAGGAGAGUAUGACCGCGUGCCAAGCUGUUUGGUUUGAGUUCUUUGAGUUUUUCUCCUUAAAUGCCGGGAGAUAGGCUGGCUAACCAGAUAAGAACUUGAUUCGCGAAUGAAAAGUGUGGGUGAUAUUUUGUCCGCAUGUUAAUGUUCUCACAGUCGCUGUUUGUCUUUUUCAUGAUGUGUUCUUUGCAUGUUCUCUUGGUACUGGAAUCCUGUGUUGGACAGUGUUCUCUCUGAUUGUAGGUCCUUAGAAUUUAGUUAGGGUUGUAGAGACACGUUCUAAAGACAGCAUCGACAUAGGGGCAGGGUGAACCACCCACGUGCUGGGAACUGAAUGUGUGGCAUCCUACUUUCCCAUGAGACCCUGUCAUUGUCCAAGUGAUUUUUUUAAACGUGUGUGUCGGAAAGGGCCACAAAGUUUACAUUUCAUACUUUUAAGAAACACUUUAUUAUUUAUUUAUUAAAGAUAGUGUAGAAUUUUAUAUCAAGAACAACAGACAUAGGUAUUUUUUGAAACAAGCAGAUAUACCCUUUAGUUAGAAACUCUCAACUGAAGACAUUGGAGACCAAGUUCAGCUCCAAGCGUGCAUUUGUUCCCCACCUCCCAGCAGAAAACAUGGUUAAAAUACUUUAAGUUUGUAUUUUUUUGGAUGUUGUUAAGAAACUGUUUAAAAUUAAACCUACAAAUAGACCCACAAAUCAUGCUUUCCUAUUUCUAUACCCAGUGCAGUUUGAUCAGUGUAUUUAUGAAGAACAUGUUACUAUGGUAGAUAAAGAAGGAUUACCUGUGUAAAUUGGGUCGUUUUGGGUCACCAUCCCAGUCCCUGUCUUUUGGUCUUCUCUUUUUUUCAUCGACUUUCUUUGCAUGUGAAUGUUGGGCAUCACCGUUCAUUAGGUUGGAUGUCAUGUGCUCAAUUACAUCCAAGUAUCUGUAGCCUUUUUAGGUCCACCAAGUCACCUACUCACAGAGUCCCAUUAUUGGAAGUAAUGUAGCAUGAAAAAGCAAUAUGUGCUUCUUUUUCACCAAGUGACUAUACUGAGCGUCUCUUAGUUGCUCCUCCAGGGUGGUGAUUCUGGAUUACUGUCCUUGUCCUCACUGGGGUCAUUUGUUACAUGCCCAGUUGAACUUAUGGAUGAGUUAGGCUGGUCCUGGGGUCCAGCUGUGACUCCUGAGUCUUGUGUGAGAUACAGGAAUGUGGGUGAUGCCUGGAGUCUCAAAUUUUUUGACCUCUAGUCCUUCACUUCUACCUUUUUGGCUGCCUGGGGAGUAUUUCAUAGAGAUGAAAUGUCCCUUGCCAAUAAGCAAUCUGUGUCCUAGUUCUUUGCUUUCAAAACCAGGGUUUCUCCAGGCUGCUGCAUCCUGGCGUUCUGACUCCAGCCCUCCAGACAUCCCUGCGAGCUUCCUUCUUCUCUGAGCCACACCGACUUCCUCUAAGCCCAACAGGGGGCCUUUCUGCUCACAAGGCUGUGCCCUGAGGACAGGAGCCCUUGAGCUGGGGCUCCUUUGUAGACCAGCUCUUCUGAAGGAACAAUCUGUACCCCCGGCCCCCGGGGCAGGGUCUCUCUGGCAGACAGCAUCCUCUCCUGGAACCAGGUCUGUUGUGACCAUGAGAGCCUGAAGAUGUGGUUCAUUCAGAUCCAGGGCUGGCCUGACACAGGGAGACAGACCCUUCUAGGCUGGGGUCUCCAAGGAUGCUCGAGAAACUGGGGCCAGGCUUCCUGGGUUGACUGUUUGGAUUACAUGCCCUGACCUCUGAAGACAGAGGAGAGAGCUAUAUUCCCAAAGAACAUUCAUAUUAAAGGGGGCCUUUUUUUUUCUUCUUUGCUUUUUGAACAAUCUAAGUAUGACCUAAGUCAAUGAAAGUAACUGAUUUCAUCUAGUUGAGUAGCACUGAAUUUAACUGGGAAAAAAAAAUCCCAUUAGAAAAUGGGAAGUUGACCACUUGUGUUGUCUUGGUGACCUGGUACCCCAAAGUCCUGUCUGUUCAGGAGUUGCCUGGUGCAAACAUACAGCCACUGACCACACAGAGUGGGGGUGUUCGAGA